AUGGCCGCCUCCAAGUCGGACAUUCCCAAGAUUCGGGCCUUUCAGCGUAAUGGACGCUGGUACGCGGAGGACAACAGGCGUCUAUGGGCCUUCAAGGAGGCUGGUGACGUCGCUAAGGACGAGGUGCUGGCCGCUAGGUCCGGCCGCGGCUGUGAAGCCAAAGCCGCGCCGGCGCCUUCCUUGCCUCGCCUUGCGCCCGCGCGAUCCGUCGACUGCGCCGCCGAUCCGCGCCGUCGAUCGGCGCGGAGUUCGCGCCCAUGCGACGCCAUGCUGGCGCUGCUUUUCUUCGCCGUGACACGGCCGGCGCUGGCCUGGACACGACUCACCGUGGUGCAUAGCGAGAAAUGCGAGGAGUCUGGCUGCCAGGUGGCGGCCAAAUGCCCUGAGAAGACCUGGCCGGUGGCUUGUGAGAGCGAGCCCAGAGGCCAUGCUUGGUUCAACCAGGGCUCAUGCACGGCGUCGGCGCGCUUGGACAUAGAGAUCAGGGCGAAGGUGGCUUGCACCAGUAUGUUCGAGACCUUCACCGUUUCAGGCCCCACGGCGCGGUGUCCCGCGGGUUCGCAGCUCCAGCGCUGCUUCUGCCAGGCCUGCCUGGGCGCUGCGCAGCCGCUGCAAGAGGGUCCCGCCUGCAGCGUGCGCGCCGCGCCCCAGGCGGAGGAAGAUCCUGCACGACUCGCCCAAGCUUUGUGCCUGAGGGGCGAUAGCCAUUGGCUUCUGCAGAAUUCCAAGAGCCUGGGCUUUGUGAAGUACUGCGGCUGGGUGCCAUACCUUCGGCCCAUGAACACGCCGGAGCUCGACUACAGGUUCGAGCAGCAGAUGCAGAGGGUCACGGAUGCCGUGAAGCACUUCAUGCAGGAGAUGUCGGAGCACCAGCGUGCAGAUGCAGCACGGUACCUGCGACGUGCCUUCUCCAUCAUGAGCUUGGAGAGCUGCAGCGUGCGGGCGCCAACUUGGGUGGGCACGCUCAUGAAGGCCUUGCUGCGGUUUGUCUUGAGCGUCUCCAC